CUUCGUCUCCAUCUCUCCUCCUGGUAAGCCUGCAUCUGCCCAGGAUUCUCGUCACAGUCUGGGCCCCCUCGACUCGCAACUUACAACCUGCUUCAUCGGAUCCCAAUUCAUUGUCCCAGACCCGACCCGACCCGACCCGACCAUGUCUCCCACCAACAGCGAUCCGCAGCAUCUGGGCAACGGCACCUCCCAUGCUGCCGACGCCAAGCCGGCCCUUUCAGAAGCCCAGAAAAUCGAAAAGCUCUCGGGCGCCGUCCGGACCAUCCUCGAGUGCAUCGGCGAGGAUCCCUCCCGCGAGGGUCUGCUCAAAACCCCCGAGCGCUACGCCAAGGCCCUGCUCUUCCUGACCAAGGGCUACCAAGAGUCGGUCGAGACGGUCCUGAACGAGGCUGUCUUUGACGAGAACCACGACGAGAUGGUCAUUGUCCGGGACAUUCCCUUCUUCUCGCAGUGCGAGCACCAUAUGGUUCCCUUCCACGGCUCCGUCACCGUCGGCUACAUCCCCAACGGCAAGGUUGUCGGCCUCAGCAAGAUUGCCCGCAUCGCCGAGAUCUUUGCCCGCCGGCUGCAGGUCCAGGAGCGCCUGACAAAGCAGAUUGCCGAGGCCAUCAACGCCGCUCUGGAGCCCCAGGGCGUCGCUGUCGUCAUCCGGGCCGAGCAUAUGUGCAUGACCAUGCGCGGUGUCCAGAAGCCUGGUGCCUCGACCGUCACUUCGUGCAUGCUCGGCGAGUUCCGCGCAAAUCCUAAAACCAGGGCCGAGUUCCUGGAGCUGAUCAAGCAAUGAAGCCCCCGUCGUCGAGCGACGAAUCCUGGAGCAUUGGCCCCAUGUGCUCUGUGGUCUGCAAGUGGGCUGUGAAUGAGAUGCCCUUUUUCCAUGUUUCCGCUCCGAUGAAAGUGGGACUGGUCGAUGAGGCUCGGCUGGAAUAUCACGCCAACGAGGUUCGGCUGGAACUUCAUGCCGAGAUCUGUUAUCCCUCUCGAUAGCCAUACGACCCAAACAUGUAUUACACCGAGAUGCGAUGCUGCCAGGAACACAGACAAUAAAAUACACCCGCGAAACAGAGGC